CAAAGUUCAUUUAUAAAAGGCGAUGGCAACAUACGGAUUUGGAAAGAAUAUACUGCAAGAGGUCAACAGAAACUAGUUUCUGCAUUCUCUUCAAUUCAAUGUCUCAGACCAGGUUCUCGCAGUGUGAAUGCUGUUGUGGAUUGGCAGCAGCAAUCUGGAUACCUGUUUGCAUCAGGUAAGAUUUCUUCUAUCAUGGCUUGGGAUCUUGACAAAGAGCAGCUUGUAAAUACUUCUCCGAUAUACUCGGAUUGCAGCAUCUCAACAUUAUCUGCUUCUGAAGUUCACGUGGGUCAAUUUGGUGCGGGCUUCGUGGAUGGAUCUGUCAAAUUAUUUGAUAUUCGAAUGCCAGAAAUGCUUGUUUGUUCAACACGACCUCAUCCCAAAGUUGAAAGGGUUGUUGGGGUUUGCUUUCAACCUGGACUUCAACCAGCAAAGGUUGUCAGUGCAUCUCAGGCUGGUGAUAUUCAGUUCCUCGAUAUGAGAAACCUCAAGGAGGCUUACUUGACCAUUGAUGCUCACAGGGGAUCACUUACAUCUCUGGCGGUACAUCGUCAUGCACCCCUUAUAGCAAGUGGUUCAUCAAAGCAACUUAUCAAAGUGUUCAACCUGGAGGGUCAGCAGUUAGGCACCAUUAGAUAUUUGUCCACCUUCAUGGCUCAGAAGAUAGGAUCUGUAAGAUGUCUUACCUUCCAUCCCUAUCAAGUGCUGCUUGCUGCUGGUGCAACAGAUGCUUGUAUUUCUAUCUAUGCUGAUGAAAUUUCCCCACCAACAUAACAACUUCAUAGCUUCGUCACAAAUUCUCAGAUUGAGAAACAAGAUUUUUGGGACUUGGCUGUGUUCCUUUGAGAUGGUCAGUGGCGGAUGGAUUGUUGACAUCUCUUCUGGUCCCAGUCUACAUCUCUGCUCACUGAGGUUGCUGUUGACAUCUUCUGAUUAGUUGCUGUCAACCUCUCUGAAGAGCUGAUCGGGCUCACGGAGGUUGCAUGUUACUUAUUUAUUGAGCUGCAUCAGCACAGAGUGGUGGAAAGUCGAGAAAAAUCAACAUAUUGAACGAAAGCUUUGGAGAAAAUUCCAUACAAAGGUAAACAGAAGAUGUAAAUAUCUUCAUUCUUUGUUUUUCUAUUUUGUAAAUAUCAUUUAUUCAAUCUUCUCUCUGCUUAGCUUACUUCUUUUUUUUUUUACUUUCUCACCCAUUUAAGUCAAUUUGUACAUAUCAAUUAGUAGCCUCCUACAUAAUUUAUACAUUGACUAUAGCAAAUAGAAGAGUCCCUGCGGUGUGCAUGAACGUUUUCUUUACUUUCUGUGGUGUCCUCACCUGUUAAUAAUUUUUAUGUUGUAAACAGUCCUUAAUGGGGAUGGUAGUUGGACAAUUUUUUAGGCUUUGGAUCAA